CAAUAUAAGGGUCAUCAUGUUUCAUGGAAUACCUGCAUCUGGAGUGAUGGGAGGAGCUCCUGCCAACAAGCCAGAACUGUAUGAGGAAGUGAAGUUGUACAAAAAUGCCAGAGAAAGGGAAAAGUAUGACAACAUGGCAGAGCUGUUUGCUGUUGUCAAAACACUCCAGGCCCUGGAAAAGGCCUACAUUAAAGACUGCGUGACUCCAAAUGAGUACACAGGAGCAUGCUCCAGAUUGCUUGUCCAGUAUAAGGCUGCUUUCAAACAAGUCCAGGGGUCAGAUGUGGGCUCCAUCGACGACUUUUGUCGGAAAUACAGGCUGGACUGUCCGCUGGCCAUGGAGCGAAUCAAAGAGGACCGACCGAUCACCAUUAAGGAUGACAAGGGCAACCUGAAUCGCUGCAUUGCAGACAUCGUUUCACUUUUUAUCACAGUAAUGGACAAACUUCGACUUGAAAUUCGUGCCAUGGAUGAGAUCCAGCCUGACCUGAGAGAGCUGAUGGAGACCAUGAACAGGAUGAGCAACAUGCCUCCAGAUUCAGAGGCCAAAGACAAAGUCAGCCUCUGGUUGACCACACUGAGCAGCAUGUCUGCGUCUGAUGAGCUGGACGACUCUCAGGUUCGCCAGAUGCUCUUCGAUCUGGAGUCUGCAUACAACGCCUUCAAUCGUUUCCUACACUCCUCCUAAACGCUCCGACCCUUUCAGAGCUCCUUUUCACCAGCUUUUAACAUGUUGCCCUUGUUUCGGAAACAUUGAUCUGUUAUAUAGAAAUCCCAAUUAAUGUACUGUUUACUAAAGCUUCUAAUAUUCAGUAAGGAUUGUAUCACUCUGACACUUGUUUUCUCCUUUAUUUCUGUCACAAUAGACUGACGUAACCAGUAGGCAUAUGCAUUUAGUUCAGGGUGGGCUUUAUAAGGAUCAGUGUAUUAUAGAAAGAUGUUAAAUGAACAUACUUUAUGGAUCACCUGAUAUAUAUAAUACAGCAAGGAUUGAUUAGGAGUUGUCACUACUGGAUUUUAUUUGGCAAUACACUACAGUAUAGUUCAGUUAAUUGAUGUAUUUACUGACAAACAAUGAACAAUUUAUAACAGUGUGUGCUCGUCUUAUUCACAUUAGUAAAACUACAGUUGUUCAUGCACAGUUUUGGAUUUUAUUAAUGCAUUAGUAAGUGUUAAACUAUGAUUAAUACAUGCUGAUUUGUUCAUGUUUGUAAAUACAUUAACUAAUGGAGCCUUAUUGUAAAGUGUGUCCUUUUAUUUUAAGCAUAUAAACCCAUUUUGGUCGGCUUCAGACUUUCUUUUUUGUUAAAAUAUUAUUUCCCACCGUAUUUAAUUGUGCAUUUAAAGUACUUUAACAUUUGCUGGUUGAUAACCUUGACUUUUAUAUCAGAUCUUGAUUGAGAACUGUACUCUUUUUCUUGGCACGGUGUUGGUCUGUCUCUCUUCGGUAUGUAAUAAGUCAUAUUUAUUAAAUUACCAUUGUAAAUAAAAUAGUUUUGAAAUAAACUACAUGGCUUUCAAACCUAA